AUGGCUGCCUCUGUAACCCAAAACCCACCAGUCAAGUCGGAAUCCAAGUCAGCAAAGAAGAAGAAGGCCAAGAGCGCGCCCGUCGAAGCUGCCCAAGCUCCCUCCGUCCCUGCGUCGAACAACCCUGCCGAGAGCAGCAACGGAGAUGGCGCAUACGAAAGCCCAUAUAUCAAGGAGAUGGAAAAGAACAUCCGUGGCUUAACUAAGAAGAUUACCAAUGCCUCCAAGGUUGAUGGUAUAGUCGCCGAGAAUCCUGAUAAGACACUGGAGCAAUUGGUCUCCGAACGCAAGAUCAAUGCCGACCAGAAGGCCCAACUACUCAAGAAGCCCUCCCUGGAGGCAUCUCGCACACAAUUGAAGGAGCAGAUUGAGCAGUACAAGAAGUUCGACCAGGAAUACAAGACUGCGGCUCAAGCUGAAAAGGCGCAGUUCGAGAAAACCUUCACUGAACGUUCAGUCAAGGAGUUGGAGGAGGCAGUUGCUGCAGCAAAGGCAGAGGCCGUGGCAAGCGCUAAGCAGGAGCAGGAGGAUGGACUUCUAGCACUUUCACAAUUCUUGAAAUUGGCUGCUGUCCGAAGAACUAACGAGGAGAACCAAGACUCGCCCGAAAAUAUUGCUCUUGAAUCCCUGCUGGUAAAGGUCUACACUGGAGAUCUCACUGCGGUUGGUUUCAUGUCGAAGAUCAUCCAAGGCCCUACUGACCAGGUCGCAAGUCAAGAUGGUGACAUCUUGCCGGUCACUUAUGCCGAUAUCAAGAACGCCUACAUCUCACUCCCACCUUCACCCCAAACUACUAUUGAGGCCGAGGAGACUCCCGCUGUCGAGACGAAGGACUACCCAAUUGAAAGCGACCCCACCAUUGCCAACGCCGGCCUCACCGAGCUCGACGCCCCGGCUGUCACAAGCUUAAACAAUGGUGCUCAAGAAUCAUACGAGAUUCAAGGCGUCCCGCAAAACUCUGGCUUUGGCGACGGAGCUGCUAAUGCGGCUGCUGAGUCAAACUGGGACAACACAAAUGACCUAUCUCAAUCUCAGGAAUGGGUUGAGGUUCCUCGCGAUGCUGCUGAGACCGAUACUGGCAUCACUGGUACCCCUGCCGCACCAUCCAAUGUGCAGAGCUGGGCCGAUGACCAGCCAGACAGCCCAUCUGAGAAAGCUUUGAAUAGACAAUCACCCCAGUCGCACCCAAAGACGACGGCUUCCACGAAGUCCAACGCAACCGCGGCGGACGCGGCGGCCACUCACGAGGAAACCAAUCCCGUGGCGGCGGACGAGGAGGUGAGCGAGGCGGCCGUGGAGGAUACCGAGGUGAAUUCCGCGGUGGACGAGGCGGUAGAGGUGGACCUCGAGGAGGGCGCCGUGGAGGAGACGAUGCCUAAAUGUGCACCAGUCCCCCAAAAAAAACCCAUGUAA